GUCCAUUGCCAUCACACACUUUGACAUGUCCACGGAUCAUCGAGCAGAGUAAUAUGUUCCUUUUGUUUCUUCGUGGCGACAAGUGGCGGCAGAUGAGGUCUAUAGCAUCUCCGGCCUUUACGUCUAGCAAGAUGAAAUACAUGUAUAACCUAAUAUCCGACUACGCUGUUAGUUUCACCAAUUUUCUGAUACAAUUGCCACCGGAGAAGAGGGUAAUAAAGAUGAAAGACAUAUCCGUACGCUUCACCACCGACGUGAUUGCCACUUGCAUCUACGGCAUCAGUGUUGACUCUAUGCGAAACCCAGAUAAUCUUUUCUAUAUGACCGCAAAAGAUUUAAAUACUUCAGAGCUUUUCAGCUUAUUGAACAACGCUAUAAAUCAACCAAAUGUGGCAUGGCUGGCAUGGCUGUCAAGGAUAUUCAAGCCAAAGACCAUCAACAAGAAGGUCACGAAAUUCUUUAGGGACAUCGUGGAGACCACCAUCAAGACCAGGAUCCAUAAGGGCAUAGUCCGGUCGGAUAUGUUGCAACUGAUGAUGGAAUGCAGGGACAAGGAAGAAGGCAAUAGGAAGAAAAUGACAAUCGAGGAAAUAGCUGCCCUAGCUUUUAGUUUCUUCUUUGCCGGCACCGAAACUAGUUCGUCGUUAAUAUCUUUCGUCACGCACGAGGUCGCGGAAAAUAAGAACGUACAGAGAAGAUUGCAGAAUGAGAUUGAUCAGCUGCUGGAAGACACGAACGGCCAACCUUCGUAUGUAACAAUCAACAACAUGGAGUAUUUGGAUGCUGUACUGAAAGAAGCUCUCAGAGUAUAUCCUGUCGCUAUGGUGUAUGACAGAAUAUGCGUGAGAGAUUUCGAGUUGCCGCCGGCGUUAACUGGGGCAAAACCCUACGUAGUGAAGAAAGGGGAUCUCUUAUGGAUACCGGUUUAUGCACUCCAUCAUGACAUCAAGUAUUUCAAGGAACCAGAAAAAUUCAAUCCUGACCGGUUCAUUGGCGAUGAGAAGAAACAUAUCGACAAAACGGGGGCUUUUUUGCCGUUUAGUUUAGGUCCCAGGAUGUGCAUUGGUUAUCGAUUCGCCCUGCUGGCGAUGAAAUUGUUAUUGUUCCACCUACUGGCACGGUGUGACCUUCUGCCUUCUGACAAAACUCAGAUUCCGCUGAAGUUUGCCAAGUACAAUUUUAUUUUGACUGUUGAGGGUGGGAUAUGGCUAAAAAUUGAGCCGCGGAAGGAUCCACAUCGCACUAUUGUUAAUGAUACAAGUGGCAGUAAAGAUCUGUAAGAAUUUUCGUUGGUUCGAAAACCUUAACUCUUUUAGUGCCGAUCUAAAGAAUUUUAUUUACUAGGUGUGCAACUAAGUUUCCGGGUUUCACAUAUGGAUGGCGUUAACGACACAUGU